UCGCGCAGUAAUUGCUAGGGUUUUGGAGAGACGAGAGGAGAGCAGGGAGCACAGCAGCAAUGGCUCAGGCGCAGCCAAUUGAACAAGUGCAAUGUUUCGGCCGUAAGAAGACCGCCGUCGCUGUGACUCACUGCAAGCGCGGCCGUGGGCUCAUUAAGAUCAAUGGCUGUCCGAUUGAACUUGUGCAGCCGGAGAUUCUCCGAUUUAAAGCCUUCGAACCCAUCCUCCUGCUCGGAAAACACCGUUUCGCCGGUGUAGAUAUGCGUAUCAGAGUCAAGGGCGGUGGUCACACCUCUCAGAUAUACGCUAUUCGCCAAAGUAUAGCUAAGGCUCUCGUUGCUUUCUACCAGAAGUACGUGGAUGAGCAGAGUAAGAAGGAGAUUAAGGAUAUUCUCGUUAGUUACGAUCGAACUCUGCUGGUCGCUGAUCCUAGGCGGUGCGAGCCCAAGAAAUUCGGUGGUCGUGGUGCUCGUGCCAGGUUCCAGAAAUCUUACCGUUGAGAUCUUUGUGCCGAACGAUCGUACCUAUACGGUUUUUUCUACAUUGAAUUUGAGUUAUCGGUUCAUGUUCUAUGCUGUGGAAAACUUUUGACAUCAACUUGUAGGUCUUUCGUUGUUGGCUUUUUCGUUUAUGAACCAGUGUGGCGCUUUUAUUCAUCUAACUUUAUAAUCCGAAUUCAAUACAUCUCAGGUAUGGUUUUGCCCUUCAGAAAUUCGAUGUUUGAAUCUAGCUGCUUUCAUUGUUGUCACCUUGGCAACAUUUCUUUUGAUU